CAGUGUAAAUAACUCAGAGAGUUUUCUGUUAGCUAGGCUGCAUGAGACAGUGGGAGAGAAAUGAAUGAAACGUUGCUUAUUUAAUGAGCUAGCUUAAGGGGGCGUUAAGUGCAUCCUGGAAGCAAGACCCGAAGGCUAAAUUACAGUGCCACCGAUGCUCUGAAAGGAGAAGGUUUGCAGGAGGGGGUCGACUGGUUGCAAGAUCAAAUCAAAACAAUGAGAACGUGAGGGCAUGAGGAUGGACACGCCAGAAGCAGCAGCAUCCAUGGAAAUCUUUUCUGAAAGAUGGGUUGACCCUGUUUUCAGAAGUACCAUGGGAUGGUAAUGUUUUUAAUGUGGUACUUUGAUGGUUCUUGGCUGGCGUGGUUCACUCAGAAUUGAUACAUUAUUUGAUUAUCUGGUACCAGUAAUAACAGUGCAGUGAGAAACCUACAAAUAGGCAACAUUGUCACAUUCAUUCGGGGCAAAUUCUUACUUUUCCAUACAAGCGAUAUGAGUUUAAACUGAUAAGCUGUCUCAAAAAAGGGCAGUAAAAUGCAAAAAAUAUGGAACAUAACAAUAUUAUCCCUCCCAUUCCUCAAUAUAUUUGUGUAACAGGCUCACAGGGAUCAUGAUACUAUAACUGCACUUAAAUAUGUUAUUGUAGUUGGUGCUGUUUUCAUUUUAGGAAGCAUGAAUACCAGAUCUAGAAAAGACAUAUUGUUAGGUGGUGUGUUAUUUUGUAUGUUUCACAUGACAAAUGAUAUGUUCCAGCUUCCCUGAAGAGAACAGCUGACACCUCAUUAUACCAAUGAUGUCAACUCAAUGUAUUUUGCCCUUUGUGUACUGGCUCACAAUUACCAACAUUAUUGUGUGGUCCUAUGCACAUGUUUCAGCCACUGGCUCAAUGCUCUCAUCUGCAGUUUUAUCACCAUUACUAGAGAGCUGGUGAUAGUCUCUGCGAUAUGUGUGCAAUGGGCUGAUACAUACAAACCAACCUGUAAGGAAGGUCCUUUAGAAAUGGUUUCCACCUCUGAAAUAUGCCAAACGCUCUUUUCUUUUUCUCAUGUGUCUCAGGGCCUCUGUAGAUACAUUAUUAUUUGUGUUUGAAGCAUCACAACAGUUCAGUUAACUAUCGUUUACUUCUUCAGCUGAGGGAAAUUUUGUUUGAUUUGUUGAACAAAUACCAGAAAAUGUUCAUGCAUUCCAGUGCACAUUGCCUUUCUCAAACUUGCAUAUAGGGCCAUCUCAUUGUCACAUUAAAAACAAAAGUUACAGUGUCUUUACUGCAGCUAAUACUUCAUGCAGCUCUGCUCAGCUUUCGAGUAGCUGUGAAAUUAUGUUUUGCGUAUUGAAGAUUAAAUGUCUUCUUGGACCCAGUAGAUUUUUGUUGUACAUAUUGUUACUUGUGGCUAAGUGUUUAUAUGUAUUUAACUUAGCGUAACAAGGUAGAUAGUCAUGAAGUGAAUGUCAAGUUAAUUAGCCAAAAUUUGCUUAAAAAUCCAAACUUCAAAUACUAUUUUUCAACUAGAGUUUUUACCUUUGCCUUAUUUCAUUGCUCAAAGAGAAAUGUACUCGAACAAAAUGCUUCUUACAAUUGACUCAUGGUACUUCAGUGAUUCAAAGGCAGACAUCUGCACAAAAGUUUUUAAUGCAAGCCUUUGAUCCUGUUGUUUAGCCACUGGCUGAAAGCUUACAUUAAAAACCACUUCUGUACAGAUCAGAGUGUAUGGUUGCUUUUUAGGUUCUGUCAAGCUCAAUCACCUCAACAAAGCUUUAUAGCUGGUGGGAGGUGUUUCACUGUUUUUGAAUAGCUUCAAGGCAAAAAGGAAUAACAUACAAAAAUGUGAGAUAAAAUAUUUAAAAUAAUAGUGUUUUAUUUUAUGUACUCUGUGGUAUUUUGUCCUUAAAUGUUUCAUCUGUAAACUUUACUACAAAACUGCUACUACAGAAACUACAGAAACUACAAACACGCCUUGUAACGCUCCAAAAAUGAAAUAUUUUCCCCCAAAAUAACACAAUAUUUUUAUAAUGGUUGUCUUUACAGUCCGGUUCACUUUCAGGACUGUGCUAUACAGCAAACCUCGUCAUUUAAGUUGUGAAUGAUUGAAAAGUCAUGUUCAAAAUUCAACAUAAACCAACCGAAGAGAAGUUUUCUUCACAGAUAAGUUUCAUGUUGAGCAAGGUUUUAAAAAUCUUUCAAAUGAUCAAAUACUUGAUAAUUUUAGCUUAAAGACAAAAAAUGCAAGCUGAAAAUAUUUGUUUUUGUUGCUAUCAGGCGGUUUCAAAUUUUUACAUCCUAAAAGUUGUGUAUGACUGUUCUGUAAUGUUUUUGUUGCAAGGAUACGUUUCCAGUGAAAUCUGGUCUGUUUCACCUCCAGUCCACUCAUAUUUAUCUAUUUUUUAUACUACCACUGGGGGACACCCAAGUCCAAAAUAUUCACAUCCUGCUCAUAGUGGCUUUAAGUACACUACAUUGAUUUUGUAAUAUACUGUAUUUUUACCUGUAAGACAUUUCAGAGUGGUGAUUUACUUUCAUAUACUCCAGACAUCUAUUUCAAAGACCCUCUGAGCACAGGUUCACUUUAGCAUCAGAGACGUUAUAGACUCUUCAAACUAUAUCAACAAACGAGCUGUGUGUAUUUUGUUUAUUAUAUUGUAUGUGGUAAUUUUCAAAGAAUAAAUGCUAUGGAAAAUGAA